AUGGUGCUUGAACUUCAUGUAUGGGGCCCAGCCUUUGGCCUCCCCUCAAUAGAACCGGAAUGCAUAGCGACGGUUGCCUACUGCCAGCGCGUUAUUCCCAAGGGAGACUGGACACUCGUCGCGGAGCACGACCCCACGGUAGGCGCCACAGAGAGCCUGCCGAUUCUUUUUGAUGACGAUGUUGCGACCGCCUCUGGCUUCGAGGAUAUCGUCGCAUACCUGCGCAAUCACCCUGCGGUUACCAAUGACCUCGAUGUCAACCUAUCCAGUAGACAGCGGACCGACAGGACGGCUUUUAUCACGUUUCUCCAGUCCACGGCGACGCCUCUGAUCGACCUAUCCCUCUACGUCUCUGCUGAAAACUACAACACCGCGACCUCGUCCGCUUACACCGCAAUCCUGCCAUGGUAUGCCAACUACACCGUCCCGCCGAAACGACGAGACCUUGCGAGAGCCCGGACGGCGCACAUGGGACUGAGUAGCUUGGAUGUGGAUACUGCAGCCGAGGAAGGCUUUGCCCCGGGUCGUGGGACUGCUUCGUCCGAAUAUGAGGCCGCAAAACGGGCAGCUGGCAUACCGACCGAAAGUCAACCCAGCAGUAUGAGCAUGGGGCGUGGAAAGGGUCUAGGCGGUCUCCUAGGUGGCCAAGUGUACGCUGCGCGCUUCAGACUGGAUGCUCUGUCGGGCGAGCUCUUGGAUCCCUUGUCAGAUCUAUUGGGCAAACACGACCAUCUCUUUCGUGGGGAGCAGCCUUCUAGCUUGGAUUGUCUUGCCUUUGGCUAUUUGUCCUUGCUGUACUACCCAACCGUGCCCCAAGCUUGGCUCAGGGAGACUAUCCAGACCAAGUAUCCACGCAUCGGAGCAUACAUUCGCAGGUUGCGCAAGGAGUUCUUCUACACCGACGAGGUCGACCCGGUGGAUGUCUGGUCUGUUUCUACUGGCGCGAAGAAAUUCCUCAGAAGUACAUCUCUACCAUGGACAGCAAGAUCACAGACUCUCGCCUCCAGUACGGUAGCUAGUGCGAAGGAGAUCUUGGGCAACAUUCCUGGACUGUCUGCCUUGUCUGGACGGCAUAACGUCGUUGUCUCACAGCCAACGCUAGUAUCAAAGCGCAUCAGAUCUGAGCUCCCGUCUCCGUUGUUCGUCAACACCCUCCUAGGUGUGACAACAGUAUUCGCAGUGGGACUAGCAUCGCUAGCUGUGCACCACCGCCGGUCACCGCGGGAGGGUGAACUUAUCUUCUGGGCUCUGCGCCCAACCACUGGCCUGGGCGAAGCAGGUAGCAUCCUCAGUGUCUUCGCCAACUCGCUGCAUGACGGAGCGAUGUAUUAG